GACAGACUAUACCAACACUUCUUCUUUUUCUUUUUCUUUUCUUCUUCUUCAGGCCUUGGCUGGUCCUCAGGUUUUCCAUGGGGAUGCGUGAAGCCCACCAGGCCUGUGGCACCCCCCAGUAGCCGUCGUCUCACCAGGGCCCCACUGUGGCGUUAGGAUGCACCUCUCGGCGGUGCUCAAUGCCCUCCUGGUGUCGGUGCUGGCGGCAGUCCUGUGGAAGCAUGUGCGGCUGCGCGAGCAUGCGUCCACUCUGGAGGAGGAGCUGGCCCUCAGCCGACAGGCCCCCGAGCCAGCCCCAGCGCUGAGGAUUGACUACCCGAAGGCACUGCAGAUCCUGAUGGAGGGCGGCACACACAUGGUGUGCACGGGUCGCACGCACACCGACCGCAUCUGCCGCUUCAAGUGGCUCUGCUAUUCCAAUGAGGCCGAGGAGUUCAUCUUCUUCCAUGGCAACACCUCUGUUAUGCUGCCCAACCUGGGCUCACGGCGCUUCCAGCCUGCCCUGCUCGACCUGUCCACUGUGGAAGACCACAAUACCCAGUAUUUCAAUUUUGUGGAGCUGCCUGCCGCCACCCUGCGCUUCAUGCCCAAGCCGGUGUUCGUGCCUGACGUGGCCCUCAUCGCCAACCGCUUCAACCCUGACAACCUCAUGCACGUCUUCCACGACGACCUGCUGCCUCUCUUCUACACCCUGCAGCAGUUCCCCGGCCUGGCCCACGAGGCCCGGCUCUUCUUCAUGGAGGGCUGGGGCGAGGGGGCACACUUUGACCUCUACAAGCUUCUCAGCCCCAAGCAGCCGCUCCUGCGGGCACAGCUAAAGACGCUCGGCAGGCUGCUGUGCUUCUCUCAUGCUUUUGUGGGCCUCUCCAAGAUCACUACCUGGUACCAGUACGGCUUUGUCCAGCCCCAGGGCCCAAAGGCCAACAUCCUCAUCUCAGGCAAUGAGAUCCGGCAGUUUGCACGAUUCAUGAGAGACAAGCUGAAUGUGAGCAAUACAGGGGCCCCCCUAGGAGAGGAGUACAUUCUGGUCUUCAGCCGUACCCAGAACAGACUCAUCCUGAAUGAGGCAGAGCUACUGCUGGCGCUGGCCCAGGAGUUCCAGAUGAAGACAGUGACAGUGUCCCUGGAGGACCAUGCCUUUGCAGAUGUUGUACGGCUGGUCAGCAGUGCCUCCAUGCUGGUCAGCAUGCAUGGGGCCCAGCUGGUCACCGCCCUCUUCCUGCCCCGGGGGGCGACCGUGGUUGAGCUCUUUCCAUAUGCAGUCAAUCCCGACCACUACACCCCCUAUAAGACUCUGGCCAUGCUACCCGGUAUGGACCUCCAGUACGUAGCCUGGCAGAACACGGUGCCAGAGAACACAGUCACACACCCUGAGCGGCCCUGGGACCAGGGGGGCAUCGCCCACCUGGACCGGGCCGAGCAGGCUCGUAUCCUACAAAGCCGUGAGGUCCCACGGCAUCUCUGUUGCCGAAACCCCGAGUGGCUCUUCAGAAUCUACCAGGACACCAAGGUGGACGUCCUGUCCCUCAUCCAAACCAUUCGGCGUGUGGUGAAGGGCCGGCCUGGGCCACGGAAGCAGAAGUGGACAGUUGGCCUAUACCCGGGCAAGGUGCGGGAGGCGCGAUGCCAAGCAUCAGUGCAGGGCGCCUCUGAGGCCCGCCUUACCGUCUCCUGGCAGAUCCCAUGGAACCUCAAGUACCUGAAGGUGAGGGAAGUAAAGUAUGAGGUGUGGCUCCAGGAGCAGGGAGAGAACACCUACGUGCCUUACAUCCUGGCCCUGCAGAACCACACUUUCACUGACAACAUCAAGCCCUUCACUACCUACCUGGUGUGGGUCCGCUGCAUCUUCAACAAGAACCUCCUGGGACCCUUUGCAGAUGUGCUGGUUUGCAGCACGUAGUGAGCGGGCCGUGGCCAGGCCUUGGAAGGGUGGCUCCUCCAGCUCAGUGCUCCUGGGCCCACUAGCCCCACUAUGGUGGCUUCUGAGAAUUAUUUAUUUAUUUAUUGAGACGGCCUGACCCAGGCCUGUGCCUCAGUGUCUUCUUUUGCAUCUGGGGUGUGGUGUUCACGGCACUCCUCUUUACACUGGUGAGAUGGGACCCUCUGCCAUCUUUCUACCCCCCUAAGCAUCAAUACACCCGCAUAAGUUCCUUAGUGGGGAGAGAGAAGAAGGAGAGGAAGAAGCCCAGGGAGCCUCUUUGGCUAAGUGAUCAUGCUUUUUCCUACUGAGUCCUUCUGGUUGGUAUCCAGGUUUCUGGAAACUGAGUAAUUAAUCAUGUGGUAUCUCGAGUGGGUGGUUCAUCAGCUUCCAUCAUUAUGAAAUUCACCUGUAGCCUAGUGGAGGGUGCAUUUGGAACAUUCAUUAAAUGGUUAUAAACA